AUGCGUGUCGUCCCCCUCCCCUUGUUCCCACUCCCCCACUCCCCUGUUCCCCAGCGCGUGUGUUGGAUCUGGGCGGUGAUGACGUGGGCCUGCUGGCAGUUAUCUUCACGAUCGUGUGGGCGCGCGUGGCAUCUAAGCUCUCCCCUUUUCCCCAACAUUCGCCCCCACUUCCCCCAGCGCGUGUGCUGGAUCUGGGCGGUCAUGAGCAUCGGGCUGCUGGCAGUCAUCUUCACGAUCGUGUGGGCGCAAGCGUCAGGCGAGCAGCAGGCGGAGCGCGAGGGGCAGUGCGGGGAGUGGGCGGCGUUCAUCGAGUCGCACUUCAACUCCACGCAGGCCAACACGCGCGCGCUCGCCGAGUUCGUCCACGCCUACUACAUCGACGGGCACGAGAGCUUCUUCCGCCCGUCCAAGUUCCUCAAGUUCAGCUCCUCCGCUCUGCAUCCCACUCUCACUUCAUCCCCCUUUCUGUCUCCCUGUUUCCCUUCUUUCCGCCGAUAUCCCCCUCCCCUCCCCCCCAUCAGGCGUGAGAGCUUCUUCCGCCCGUCCAAGUUCCUCAAGUUCAGCUCCUCCGCGCUGCACGCCCGCCCCGUCGCUGCCUUCAACAGCACAGCUCUGCGCCGCCAUGUGGAGGGGCGACUGCAGGGCUGCCUCAUUGCAGUGAGCGCCAACUUCCCCUCUCCACCCUCUCCCCCCACUCUCCACUCCCUCUCCUGCAGUUGUGGGCUACGCUCUCCGAGUCAACAGCUCAGCUCUGCGCCGCCAUGUGGAGGGGCGUCUGCAGGGCUGCCUCAUCGCAUCGCACUCCUUUUUCCCCUGUCCCAACCUUCCAUCUCCCCAUUCUCCAGUUGUGGGCUACGCCCUGAGAGUCAACAGCUCAGCUCUGCGCCGCCACGUGGAGGAGCGUCUGCAGGGCUGCCUCAUCGCAUUGUGGGCUACGCUCUCCGAGUCAACAGCUCAGCCCUCCGCCACCACGUGGAGGAGCGCCUGCAGGGUUGCCUCAUCGCUCUGAGCGAGGAGUUUGCCUGCCGCCCGCUCGGCCUGCCGCUGUACGUGCCGCUGCUGCUGGGCACCAGCGGCGAGGGGAGCAGCGUGCGCCGCCUCCCCCCCAACCGCACCGGUGCCGGCGCGGACCUGCUCUCAGACCCCAUGCUAGCAGCCAUGAUUCGAGCAGCAGACACGGGGCACAGCGGCGCCAUGUCACCGCCCAUCUUGUCGCCCGCAUCGCCCUUCCAUGUGGUGGCUCAGGCCUUCCCCGUGUACGACACGCACCAGCACGGCCACGCCUUCGUGCACGUCCCCUCUGCUGCUCCCUCCAUCGGCAACAGCACCGGCAGCAGCAGUGGCAGCAGCAGUGGCCUUCCUGAACCGCAGAGCUACGAGCCCGACUCCCUCGACGCACUCACCAAACCCCACGGCUUCUUCGUAGCAGCCUACUCCUUCCACACGCUCCGUCUCGCCCCCAACUUCGACCAACUUAAAGCCCUUCCUCUCCGCACAUUCCUUGUAGAUGCGACCAACGAGAGCAACCCCGAGCUGCUGUUUGGGCCGGAAGGGACGGAGGGGAUGACGGGGAAGCAGGCGGGAGUGUGGGCGGCGGUGGCGUAUAAGAGACGAGUGGUGCAGUACCAAGGGCGUGUUCAGUACCCCAUGUGGUUCGGCGACCCGUCACGGAACUUCGUGCUUGUCUGCGAACCCGAGGCGAACGCGAAGCCAAGCCCGCCAUUCGUGUGGAUGGUGGUGUCGUUCAUCAUCCUGGCGAUCUCCGUGCUGGUGCUCUGGAUGGCCGUGCACCUCAUGGCCAAGCUCCAAACCGACACCCUGAGAGUGGUGCCCGAGGCCAAUGCAAAGCCAAGCCCGCCAUUCGUGUGGAUGGUGGUGUCGUUCAUCAUCCUGGCGAUCACAGUGCUGGUGCUCUGGAUGUCCGUGCACCUCAUGGCCAAGCUUGAAACAGACACGCUGAGAGUGGAGGCGGCGCAGGCAGAGCUGGCCACGGCCAAGGUGGCGGCAGAGGCAGCAAGUCGGGCGAAGAGCGACUUCCUCACCACCAUGAGCCACGAGAUCCGCACCCCCAUGAACGGCGUUAUUGAGCUGGCGACGGCUAAGGUUGCAGCGGAGGCAGCGAGUCGGGCUAAAAGUGACUUUCUCACCACCAUGAGCCAUGAGAUCCGCACCCCCAAACGGGGUCAUAGCUCCCAGCAGGACUACGCGGAGACGGCGUGCAGCAGCGGGCGGGCGCUGUGUGCGCUGAUCAACGACAUUCUCGACCUCUCCAAGAUCGAGGCCGAGAAGCUCCGCCUCGAGCGCAUCCCCCUCAACCUGCGCGCUGAGGUCGACGAUGUGUUAGCACUCUUUGUGGAGAGCGCUGAAGAGAAGAGGUCGGUGGAGCUGGCUGCCUUCGUGGCUGAUGACGUGCCUGAGACGCUCGUUGGGGAUCCGCUGCGCAUACGACAGAUCGCCCAGGAGAAGCGCUCUGUGAAGCUCGCCGCAUUUGUGGCGGACGAUGUGCCGGAGAUGCUUGUGGGGGAUCUGCUCCGCAUACGACAGCCACCACCACCACCACCACUCUCGUUCGCACCAUCGCGGCCGCAGCAGCGAUCCCGACCGCCACUGGAGGAGCAUGCUCGAAGAGCUAUCUGUGUCCUUCCAUCACCACUCCCAUCACGACUCUCAUCACGGCUCCCACCACUAUCGCCGGCACGCUUUGAGAGAGGAAGACAGAAGCGAAAAAGCAGCACAGCAGCAGCAGCAGCAGCAGCAGCAGCAGCAGCAGCAGCAGCAGCAGCAGCAGCAGCAGCAGCAGCAGCAGCAGCAGCAGCAGCAGCAGCAGCAGCAGCAGCAGCAGCAGCAGCAGCAGCAGCAGCAGCAGCAGCAGCAGCAGCAGCAGCAGCAGCAGCAGCAGCAGCAGCAGCAGCAGCAGCAGCAGCAGCAGCAGCAGCAGCAGCAGCAGCAGCAGCAGCAGCAGCAGCAGCAGCAGCAGCAGCAGCAGCAGCAGCAGCAGCAGCAGCAGCAGCAGCAGCAGCAGCAGCAGCAGCAGCAGCAGCAGCAGCAGCAGCAGCAGCAGCAGCAGCAGCAGCAGCAGCAGCAGCAGCAGCAGCAGCAGCAGCAGCAGCAGCAGCAGCAGCAGCAGCAGCAGCAGCAGCAGCAGCAGCAGCAGCAGCAGCAGCAGCAGCAGCAGCAGCAGCAGCAGCAGCAGCAGCAGCAGCAGCAGCAGCAGCAGCAGCAGCAGCAGCAGCAGCAGCAGCAGCAGCAGCAGCAGCAGCAGCAGCAGCAGCAGCAGCAGCAGCAGCAGCAGCAGCAGCAGCAGCAGCAGCAGCAGCAGCAGCAGCAGCAGCAGCAGCAGCAGCAGCAGCAGCAGCAGCAGCAGCAGCAGCAGCAGCAGCAGCAGCAGCAGCAGCAGCAGCAGCAGCAGCAGCAGCAGCAGCAGCAGCAGCAGCAGCAGCAGCAGCAGCAGCAGCAGCAGCAGCAGCAGCAGCAGCAGCAGCAGCAGCAGCAGCAGCAGCAGCAGCAGCAGCAGCAGCAGCAGCAGCAGCAGCAGCAGCAGCAGCAGCAGCAGCAGCAGCAGCAGCAGCAGCAGCAGCAGCAGCAGCAGCAGCAGCAGCAGCAGCAGCAGCAGCAGCAGCAGCAGCAGCAGCAGCAGCAGCAGCAGCAGCAGCAGCAGCAGCAGCAGCAGCAGCAGCAGCAGCAGCAGCAGCAGCAGCAGCAGCAGCAGCAGCAGCAGCAGCAGCAGCAGCAGCAGCAGCAGCAGCAGCAGCAGCAGCAGCAGCAGCAGCAGCAGCAGCAGCAGCAGCAGCAGCAGCAGCAGCAGCAGCAGCAGCAGCAGCAGCAGCAGCAGCAGCAGCAGCAGCAGCAGCAGCAGCAGCAGCAGCAGCAGCAGCAGCAGCAGCAGCAGCAGCAGCAGCAGCAGCAGCAGCAGCAGCAGCAGCAGCAGCAGCAGCAGCAGCAGCAGCAGCAGCAGCAGCAGCAGCAGCAGCAGCAGCAGCAGCAGCAGCAGCAGCAGCAGCAGCAGCAGCAGCAGCAGCAGCAGCAGCAGCAGCAGCAGCAGCAGCAGCAGCAGCAGCAGCAGCAGCAGCAGCAGCAGCAGCAGCAGCAGCAGCAGCAGCAGCAGCAGCAGCAGCAGCAGCAGCAGCAGCAGCAGCAGCAGCAGCAGCAGCAGCAGCAGCAGCAGCAGCAGCAGCAGCAGCAGCAGCAGCAGCAGCAGCAGCAGCAGCAGCAGCAGCAGCAGCAGCAGCAGCAGCAGCAGCAGCAGCAGCAGCAGCAGCAGCAGCAGCAGCAGCAGCAGCAGCAGCAGCAGCAGCAGCAGCAGCAGCAGCAGCAGCAGCAGCAGCAGCAGCAGCAGCAGCAGCAGCAGCAGCAGCAGCAGCAGCAGCAGCAGCAGCAGCAGCAGCAGCAGCAGCAGCAGCAGCAGCAGCAGCAGCAGCAGCAGCAGCAGCAGCAGCAGCAGCAGCAGCAGCAGCAGCAGCAGCAGCAGCAGCAGCAGCAGCAGCAGCAGCAGCAGCAGCAGCAGCAGCAGCAGCAGCAGCAGCAGCAGCAGCAGCAGCAGCAGCAGCAGCAGCAGCAGCAGCAGCAGCAGCAGCAGCAGCAGCAGCAGCAGCAGCAGCAGCAGCAGCAGCAGCAGCAGCAGCAGCAGCAGCAGCAGCAGCAGCAGCAGCAGCAGCAGCAGCAGCAGCAGCAGCAGCAGCAGCAGCAGCAGCAGCAGCAGCAGCAGCAGCAGCAGCAGCAGCAGCAGCAGCAGCAGCAGCAGCAGCAGCAGCAGCAGCAGCAGCAGCAGCAGCAGCAGCAGCAGCAGCAGCAGCAGCAGCAGCAGCAGCAGCAGCAGCAGCAGCAGCAGCAGCAGCAGCAGCAGCAGCAGCAGCAGCACAGACGCUGAGCACUGGCACUGGUGCUGGCACUGCUUUCGGGGGGCAGGCGGUGCAGGGCGUUACAGAGAGUUGUCAAAUGCAGGCAGCGGGUGGAGGCCAGGCGGUGCGGCUGAUGCUGGCGGUGGAAGAUACAGGAGAGGGCAUCCCCAUGGCGGCUCAGAGGCGCAUGUUCCAGCCGUACUCACAGGCUCAUGCUAGCACCACUCGCCUGCACGGCGGGACAGGCAUCGGCCUCUCCAUCUGCAAGCGCCUUGUAUCGCUCAUGGGAGGCAGCAUCGCAUUCACCAGCGAGCCAGGCGUGGGCACCACCUUCUACUUCGAUAUCACCCUCCACACCCCUCCUGCUGACACUCCCUCCACCCCACUGCCCUGCCCGCCCUGCUGCCCUCCUCCUUGCCCUCCUCCUUGCCCUCCUCCUUGCGCUCCUCCUUGCCUUCCACCUUGCCCUCCUUGCCCUCCUUCUUGCCCUGCCCCCUCUGCGCAUUCCUGCCCAGCGCCCUGCCCUCCUCCUCCUCUCGCUCCCUCUAUGCCUCUGCUGCCUCGCACCAUCUCGCCUGCUGCUUCUGGGCUUUUCUCCACACCAGCUGCUGCUGCUGUUGCUUGCUCUGCUUCUGCUGUUGCAGUGGCUGCUGGUGGUGGAACAGUUGCUGGGAGUGAGAUGGGUGUGUGUGUGCUGAGCAGUGGGAAUGAUGGGAGGGGGUGUGCACUAGAAGGCGUGGUUGUGGUGAGUGUGGACGAGCGGGCGGUGACUUGUGAGUCGGCUCAAAAGGCAUCGGAAUGGGAGGGCGUGGUUGUGUCCCUUCCCUCACACCCUGCUAGGGGCCCAUCGCUCUCCCUCACUCCUGCCUCCAGCCCACAGGUCUCUACACUUACUGGCAUGGGCGGCAGGGGUUCUGUACCCAGUGGCACGGGGGGCAAAUAUGCCACGGAUUCUGCUGCACCCGGUGCCAUGAAUAUCAUGGGCUUUGCACCUGGUGGCACAGGUGUGACGGGGCUCACAGUUGUUGCGGAGAGGCUGAGUGUGCUGGCGGGGAAGCGGCUGAUGGUGGUGGAUGACAACCUCAUCAACCGCAAGGUGGCCAGCAAGCUGCUGGAGAGGCACGACGCGCGAGUCACCGCCGUCGAUGGCGGCGCCAAGGCAGUUGAAGCCCUCGCCCCACCCCAUCCCUACGACCUGGUUUUCAUGGACCUGCAGAUGCCGGGCAUGGACGGGCUGGAGGCGACUCGGAGGAUCCGAGCGCGGGAGAGGGCUGAGGGCGGGGGGCAUGUGGCCAUCAUUGCGCUCACAGCGGAUGUGAUUGCCGGCACGCGCCAGCAGUGCUUUGUCGUCGGCAUGGAUGACUACCUCUCCAAACCCCUCCACGAUGCCCCCCUCUCCCACGCCGUCUGGCGCUGCCUCGCCAUGAAAUUGUAA